AGACUUAGCAAGGGAUGCCCGUACCGUGUCGGGAGAAAAGUGUCAGGGGGUAUAGCACUUCGACAAUGCUUGUGAGCAGUGCACGAGCGCUGGGCUUCAUCGCGGCCACACUGAGUCUAUCCACACUGCUCGUGUCAUUCUGUCGUGUCCAAUUCAGCGUGGUGUCAAGCGACACCCCGCCAGGUGGGCACCUGCGGCGCGUGGCAUCAGUGGGAUGCUCGGUGCGGGUGAACACUUUCCGACGCAAUGACUUAUUGGAUCGGUUUGUUAAACAUUAUGAGCGAUGUGGGGCCGCUCGAGAGAUUGUUGUGAUAUGGUCAGACGCGGAGCUAGCACCACCGGAAUGGUUGGUCCUACGUGCGGACCGGUCGCCAACCGCGGAUGAAGUUGCAGUUCGUGUUGAGCUCUUUGACGUAGACUCCCUGAAUAAUCGGUUCAAACUCUUAGAAACUCCAGCGACAGAUGCGAUCUUCUCUGUUGACGACGACUUAAUUGUAUCGUGCGAAGUUCUUCAAAAUAUGAUAGACAUCUGGGCAUCUGCGCCCAGGCAAAUGGUAGGGGUGGCACCUCGGCUUGUGUCACGUGAUACAAAUGCAAACGGAGGCUGGCGCUACUUGAGGUGGUGGCAUGUCUGGUGGAAUGGGGCCUAUUCCCUGGUGCUUACCAAGGUCUGUAUUCUUCAUAGAGACUACCUCGAUGCCUUUAGCAGCCGAAGCCCGGCAUUGGUAUCAGCCCGCGAACAUGUCGACUCGCGCCGCAACUGCGAGGACCUUCUGAUGUCGUUUAUCGUCGCCAACGCUACAAGAGCUCCACCCCUCUGGUUUCGUGCGCCUUACUCAGACUAUGGACAGUCGAUUCUCUCAUUUGGUCGACAUGCCGGAAUAUCAUCGGGUGUUGAUCAUGUCGAAACUCGUGGGGACUGCAUUGCCACAUUCGCCAGACUUUUUGGCACGAUGCCCCUCGUCACUAGCCACUCGAAGCUCGUCGAUGCGCGCUCGGAAUGGCUCUGGUGACCUUGGACGGUGGCAAGACGGUGGCAAGACGGUGGCAUGAGUCAGCGGCAUGAGUCGCGUCGCAGUAGUAUAUAGUUGAGCUUACAUACUACUUCCGAGGUAUCUUCUAUCGUAUUUCGCGAGGCGGAUCAAUGGUGGACCUCAGGAGCGGACCUCAGGAUCUCGGCGCUGGGCGUCGCGUAGCAGCCCAUGGGCCGGACCGCGUCCUCGGCGCUCGCAGAGCACCAGAGCACCGAGCGGAUCACCCGCUGGCCUGCGUAUGGCGAGGGCCAAGAUCCGAACCAUCCCCCUGGAGCUGAGCCACACGCGCUCGCAGGCGCUGCAGCUCCUGCUGCAUCCGUUCCUUCUCCGCACGUGCAUGCCCCAACGCAUCCCGCAGAGCCUCCGGCCUGAGGGUCGUCUCAAUCACAUUUGAACCGCCCUGGGCUGCUAAACAUUCCGUUAAAAACGCUGCUGUCAAUUGAUCCACAGUUGCUUCACGAAUUUUCAUAACCCCUGUCCGCAGGCGCUUAGUCGCAGGUGUCACCCGAACCCCACCCCCUCCCGUCGGCCGAGGCGAGCCCGCCUGGCCACCCGGAGGCGCGCCGCCCGCGGGCGUCGCGCCCGCCAGCAGGCCCUGCAUGGCCGCGGAAGAACGAGCGCGCGAUGGAGCACCACAAACGGCCGCGUUUGAACGCAGUACGUUGAAGUGCAAGUUGAAGUAGCCGAAGCGCCGAAGCGGCGUGGAUCAUCGUCACCCAAAAACCAGAAACACAUAGUGCCGAGCACAACGCAAAGCCUCAGUUUGGUAAGGAACUAGGGUAGGCGUUGGAUCU